AAACGGCUGCGCAGAAACGGCUGCGCCGAAACGGCUGCGCCUAAACGGCUGCGCCGAAACGGCUGCGCCGAAACGGCUGCGCCGAAACGGCUGCGCAGAAACGGCUGCGCAGAAACGGCUGCGCAGGAACGGCUGCGCAGGAACUGCUUCGCAGGAACGGCUGCGCAGGAACGGCUGCGCAGGAACGGCUGCGCAGGAACGGCUGCGCAGGAACGGCUCUGCAGGAACGGCUGCGCAGGAACGGCUGCGCAGGAACGGCUGCGCAGGAACGGCUGCGCAGGAACGGCUGCGCAGGAACGGCUGCGCAGGAACGGCUGCGCAGGAACGGCUGCGCAGAAGCGGCUGCGCAGAAGCGGCUGCGCAGAAGCGGCUGCGCAGAAGCGGCUGCGCAGAAGCGGCUGCGCAGAAGCGGCUGCGCAGAAGCGGCUGCGCAGAAGCGGCUGCGCAGAAGCGGCUGCGCAGAAGCGGCUGCGCAGAAGCGGCUGCGCAGAAGCGGCUGCGCAGAAGCGGCUGCGGAGAAGCGGCUGCGCAGAAGCGGCUGCGCAGAAGCGGCUGCGCAGAAGCGGCUGCGCAGAAGCGGCUGCGCAGAAGCGGCUGCGCAGAAGCGGCUGCGCAGAAACGGCUAGGCAGAAACGGCUGCGCAGAAACGGCUGCGCAGAAACGGCUGCGCAUAAACGGCUGCGCAUAAACGGCUGCGCAGAAGCGGCUGCGCAGGAACAGCUGCAAAGGAACAGCUGCGCAGGAACAGCUGCGCAGGAGCAGCUGCGCAGGAACAGCUGCGCAGAAACAGCUGCGCAGGAACAGCUGCGCAGGAACAGCUGCGCAGGAACAGCUGCACAGGAACAGCUGCGCAGGAACAACUGCGCAGGAACAGCUGCGCAGGAACAGCUGCGCAGGAACAGCUGCGCAGGAACAGCUGCGCAGGAACAACUGCGCAGAAACAGCUGCGCAGGAACAGCUGCGCAGGAACAGCUGCGCAGGAACGGCUGCGCAGAAACGGCUGCGCAGGAACGGCUGCGCAGCAACGGCUGCGCAGGAACGGCUGCGCAGGAACGGCUGCGCAGGAACGGCUGCGCAGAAACGGCUGCGCAGGAACGGCUGCGCAGAAACGGCUGCGCAGAAACGGCUGCGCAGAAACGGCUGCGCAGAAACGGCUGCGCAGAAACGGCUGCGCAGGAACGGCUGCGCAGGAACGGCUGCGCAGAAACGGCUGCGCAGGAACGGCUGCGCAGGAACGGCUGCGCAGGAACGGCUUCGCAGGAACGGCUGCGCAGGAACGGCUGCGCAGAAACGGCUGCGCAGGAACGGCUGCGCAGGAACGGCUGCGCAGGAACGGCUGCGCAGGAACGGCUGCGGAGGAACGGCUGCGCAGUAACGGCUGCGCAGGAACGGCUGCGCAGUAACGGCUGCGCAGGAACGGCUGCGCAGGAACGGCUGCGCAGGAACGGCUGCGCAGGAACGGCUGCGCAGAAACGGCUGCGCAGAAGCGGCUGCGCAGAAGCGGCUGCGCAGAAGCGGCUGCGCAGAAGCGGCUGCGCAGAAGCGGCUGCGCAGAAGCGGCUGCGCAGAAGCGGCUGCGCAGAAGCGGCUGCGCAGAAGCGGCUGCGCAGAAGCGGCUGCGCAGAAGCGGCUGCGCAGAAGCGGCUGCGCAGGAACGGCUGCGCAGGAACGGCUGCGCAGGAACGGCUGCGCAGGAACGGCUGCGCAGGAACGGCUGCGCAGGAACGGCUGCGCAGGAACGGCUGCGCAGGAACGGCUGCGCAGGAACGGCUGCGCAGGAACGGCUGCGCAGGAACGGCUGCGCAGGAACGGCUGCGCAGAACGGCUGCGCAGGAACGGCUGCGCAGGAACGGCUGCGCAGGAACGGCUGCGCAGGAACGGCUGCGCAGGAACGGCUGCGCAGAAGCGGGUGCGCAGAAGCGGCUGCGCAGAAGCGGAUGCGCAGAAGCGGGUGCGCAGAAGCGGGUGCGCAGAAGCGGGUGCGCAGAAGCGGGUGCGCAGAAGCGGGUGCGCAAAAGCGGGUGCGCAGAAGCGGGUGCGCAGAAGCGGGUGCGCAGAAGCGGGUGCGCAGAAGCGGAAACAGCUAGGCAGAAACAGCUGCGCAGGAACAGCUGCGCAGGAACAGCUGCGCAGGAACAGCUGCGCAGAAGCGGCAGCGCAGAAGCGGCUGCGCAGAAGCGGCUGCGCAGAAGGGGCUGCGCAGAAGCGGCUGCGCAGAAGCGGCUGCGCAGAAGCGGCUGCGCAGAAGCGGCUGCGCAGAAGCGGCUGCGCAGAAGCGGCUGCGCAGAAGCGGCUGCGCAGAAGCGGCUGCGCAGAAGCGGCUGCGCAGGAACGGCUGCGCAGGAACGGCUGCGCAGGAACGGCUUCGCAGGAACGGCUGCGCAGAAACGGCUGCGCAGAAACGGCUGCGCAGGAACGGCUGCGCAGGAACGGCUGCGCAGGAACGGCUGCGCACGAACGGCUGCGCAGGAACGGCUGCGCAGGAACGGCUGCGCAGGAACGGCUGCGCAGGAACGGCUGCGCAGGAACGGCUGCGCAGAACGGCUGCGCAGGAACGGCUGCGCAGAAACGGCUGCGCAGAAACGGCUGCGCAGAAACGGCUGCGCAGAAACGGCUGCGCACAAACGGCUGCGCAGAAGCGGCUGCGCAGAAGCGGCUGCGCAGAAACGACUGCGCAGAAGCGGCUGCGCAGAAGCGGCUGCGCAGAAACGGCUGCGCAGAAGCGGCUGCGCAGAAGCGGCUGCGCAGAAGCGGCUGCGCAGAAGCGGCUGCGCAGAAGCGGCUGUGCGGAAGCGGCUGCGCGGAAGCGGCUGCGCGGAAGCGGCUGCGCGGAAGCGGCUGCGCGGAAGCGGCUGCGCGGAAGCGGCUGCGCGGAAGCGGCUGCGCGGAAGCGGCUGCGCGGAAGCGGCUGCGCGGAAACGGCUGCGCGGAAACGGCUGCGCCGAAACGGCUGCGCCGAAACGGCUGCGCAGAAACAGCUGCGCAGAAACAGCUGCGCAGAAACAGCUGCGCAGGAACAGCUGCGCAGGAACAGCUGCGCAGGAACAGCUGCGCAGAAACAGCUGCGCAGAAACAGCUGCGCAGAAACAGCUGCGCAGGAACAGCUGCGCAGGAACAGCUGCGCAGAAGCAGCUGCGCAGAAGCAGCUGCGCAGAAGCAGCUGCGCAGAGGCAGCUGCGCAGAAGCAGCUGCGCAGAAGCAGCUGCGCAGAAGCAGCUGCGCAGAAGCAGCUGCGCAGAAGCAGCUGCGCAGGAACAGCUGCGCAGGAACAGCUGCGCAGAAGCAGCUGCGCAGGAACAGCUGCGCAGGAACAGCUGCGCAGGAACAGCUGCGCAGGAACAGCUGCGCAGGAACAGCUGCGCAGGAACAGCUGCUCAGGAACAGCUGCGCAGGAACUACUGCGCAGAAACAGCUGCGCAGGAACAGCUGCGCAGGAACAGCUGCGCAGGAACAGCUGCGCAGAAACAGCUGCACAGGAACAGCUGCGCAGAAACAGCUGCGCAGGAACAGCUGCGCAGGAACAGCUGCGCAGGAACACCUGCGCAGGAACAGCUGCGCAGAAACAGCUGCGCAGGAACAGCUGCGCAGGAACAGCUGCGCAGGAACAGCUGCGCAGAAACAGCUGCGCAGAAACAGCUGCGCAGGAACAGCUGCGGAGGAACAGCUGCGCUGGAACAGCUGCGCAGGAACAGCUGCGCAGGAACGGCUGCGCAGGAACGGCUGCGCAGUAACGGCUGCGCAGUAACGGCUGCGCAGGAACGGCUGCGCAGGAACGGCUGCGCAGGAACGGCUGCGCAGAAACGGCUGCGCAGAAACGGCUGCGCAGAAACGGCUGCGCAGAAACGGCUGCGCAGAAACGGCUGCGCAGAAGCGGCUGCGCAGAAGCGGCUGCGCAGAAGCGGGUGCGCAGAAGCGGGUGCGCAGAAGCGGGUGCGCAGAAGCGGGUGCGCAGAAGCGGGUGCGCAGAAGCGGGUGCGCAGAAGCGGGUGCGCAGAAGCGGGUGCGCAGAAGCGGGUGCGCAGAAGCGGGUGCGCAGAGGCGGGUGCGCAGAAGCGGGUGCGCAGAAGCGGGUGCGCAGAAGCGGGUGCGCAGAAGCGGGUGCGCAGAAGCGGGUGCGCAGAAGCGGGUGCGCAGAAGCGGGUGCGCAGAAGCGGGUGCGCAGAAGCGGGUGCGCAGAAGCGGCUGCGCAGAAGCGGAAACGGCUGCGCAGAAACGGCUGCGCCGAAACAGCUGCGCCGAAACAGCUGCGCCGAAACAGCUGCGCAGAAACAGCUGCGCAGAAACAGCUGCGCAGAAACAGCUAGGCAGGAACGGCUGCGCAGGAACGGCUGCGCAGGAACGGCUGCGCAGAAACGGCUGCGCAGAAACGGCUGCGCAGAAACGGCUGCGCAGAAGCGGCUGCGCAGAAGCGGCUGCGCAGAAGCGGCUGCGCAGAAGCGGCUGCGCAGAAACGGCUGCGCAGAAACGGCUGCGCAGAAGCGGCUGCGCAGAAGCGGCUGCGCAGAAGCGGCUGCGCAGAAGCGGCUGCGCAGAAGCGGCUGCGCAGAAGCGGCUGCGCAGAAGCGGCUGCGCAGAAGCGGCUGCGCAGAAGCGGCUGCGCAGAAGCGGCUGCCCAGUAGCGGCUGCGCAGAAGCGGCUGCGCAGAAGCGGCUGCGCAGAAGCGGCUGCGCAGAAGCGGCUGCGCAGAAGCGGCUGCGCAGAAGCGGCUGCGCAGAAGCGGCUGCGCAGAAGCGGCUGCGCAGAAGCGGCUGCGCAGAAGCGGCUGCGCAGAAGCGGCUGCGCAGAAGCGGCUGCGCAGAAACGGCUGCGCAGAAACGGCUGCGCAGAAACGGGUGCGCAGAAACGGCUGCGCAGAAACGGCUAGGCAGAAACGGCUGCGCAGGAACGGCUGCGCAGGAACAGCUGCGCAGGAACAGCUGCGCAGAAACAGCUGCGCAGAAACAGCUGCGCAGGAACGGCUGCUCAGGAACGGCUGCGCAGGAACGGCUGCGCAGGAACGGCUGCAAACGGCUGCGCAGAAACGGCUGCGCAGAAACGGCUGCGCCGAAACGGCUGCGCCGAAACGGCUGCGCCGAAACGGCUGCGCAGAAACGGCUGCGCCGAAACGGCUGCGCCGAAACGGCUGCGCCGAAACGGCUGCGCCGAAACAGCUGCGCAGAAACAGCUGCGCAGAAACAGCUGCGCAGGAACAGCUGCGCAGGAACAGCUGCGCAGAAACAGCUGCGCAGAAACAGCUGCGCAGAAACAGCUGCGCAGGAACAGCUGCGCAGAAGCAGCUGCGCAGAAGCAGCUGCGCAGAAGCAGCUGCGCAGAAGCAGCUGCGCAGAAGCAGCUGCGCAGAAGCAGCUGCGCAGAAGCAGCUGCGCAGAAGCAGCUGCGCAGGAACAGCUGCGCAGGAACAGCUGCGCAGAAGCAGCUGCGCAGGAACAGCUGCGCAGGAACAGCUGCGCAGGAACAGCUGCGCAGGAACAGCUGCGCAGGAACAGCUGCGCAGGAACAGCUGCGCAGGAACAGCUGCGCAGAAACAGCUGCGCAGGAACAGCUGCGCAGGAACAGCUGCGCAGGAACAGCUGCGCAGAAACAGCUGCGCAGAAACAGCUGCGCAGGAACAGCUGCGCAGAAACAGCUGCGCAGGAACAGCUGCGCAGGAACAGCUGCGCAGGAACACCUGCGCAGGAACAGCUGCGCAGAAACAGCUUCGCAGGAACAGCUGCGCAGGAACAGCUGCGCAGGAACAGCUGCGCAGAAACAGCUGCGCAGAAACGGCUGCGCAGGAACGGCUGCGCAGGAACGGCUGCGCUGGAACGGCUGCGCAGGAACGGCUGCGCAGGAACGGCUGCGCAGGAACGGCUGCGCAGUAACGGCUGCGCAGUAACGGCUGCGCAGGAACGGCUGCGCAGGAACGGCUGCGCAGGAACGGCUGCGCAGGAACGGCUGCGCAGAAACGGCUGCGCAGAAACGGCUGCGCAGAAGCGGCUGCGCAGAAGCGGCUGCGCAGAAGCGGCUGCGCAGAAGCGGCUGCGCAGAAGCGGGUGCGCAGAAGCGGGUGCGCAGAAGCGGGUGCGCAGAAGCGGGUGCGCAGAAGCGGGUGCGCAGAAGCGGGUGCGCAGAAGCGGGUGCGCAGAAGCGGGUGCGCAGAGGCGGGUGCGCAGAAGCGGGUGCGCAGAAGCGGGUGCGCAGAAGCGGGUGCGCAGAAGCGGAUGCGCAGAAGCGGGUGCGCAGAAGCGGGUGCGCAGAAGCGGGUGCGCAGAAGCGGGUGCGCAGAAGCGGGUGCGCAGAAGCGGGUGCGCAGAAGCGGGUGCGCAGAAGCGGCUGCGCAGAAGCGGAAACGGCUGUGCAGAAACGGCUGCGCCGAAACGGCUGCGCCGAAACGGCUGCGCCGAAACGGCUGCGCAGAAACGGCUGCGCAGAAACAGCUGCGCAGAAACAGCUAGGCAGGAACGGCUGCGCAGGAACGGCUGCGCAGGAACGGCUGCGCAGAAACGGCUGCGCAGAAACGGCUGCGCAGAAACGGCUGCGCAGAAGCGGGUGCGCAGAAGCGGGUGCGCAGAAGCGGGUGCGCAGAAGCGGGUGCGCAGAAGCGGGUGCGCAGAAGCGGUUGCGCAGAAGCGGGUGCGCAGAAGCGGGUGCGCAGAAGCGGGUGCGCAGAAGCGGGUGCGCAGAGGCGGGUGCGCAGAGGCGGGUGCGCAGAGGCGGGUGCGCAGAAGCGGGUGCGCAGAAGCGGGUGCGCAGAAGCGGGUGCGCAGAAGCUGGUGCGCAGAAGCGGGUGCGCAGAAGCGGGUGCGCAGAAGCGGGAACGGCUGCGCAGAAACGGCUGCGCAGAAGCGGCUGCGCAGAAGCGGCUGCGCAGAAGCGGCUGCGCAGGAACGGCUGCGCAGGAACGGCUGCGCAGGAACGGCUGCGCAGGAACGGCUGCGCAGGAACGGCUGCGCAGGAACGGCUGCGCAGGAACGGCUGCGCAGGAACGGCUGCGCAGGAACGGCUGCGCAGGAACGGCUGCGCAGGAACGGCUGCGCAGGAACGGCUGCGCAGAAACGGCUGCGCAGGAACGGCUGCGCAGGAACGGCUGCGCAGGAACGGCUGCGCAGGAACGGCUGCGCAGGAACGGCUGCGCAGGAACGGCUGCGCAGGAACGGCUGCGCAGAAACGGCUGCGCAGAAACGGCUGCGCAGAAACGGCUGCGCAGAAGCGGCUGCGCAGAAGCGGCUGCGCAGAAGCGGCUGCGCAGAAGCGGGUGCGCAGAAGCGGGUGCGCAGAAGCGGGUGCGCAGAAGCGGGUGCGCAGAAGCGGGUGCGCAGAAGCGGGUGCGCAGAGGCGGGUGCGCAGAGGCGGGUGCGCAGAGGCGGGUGCGCAGAGGCGGGUGCGCAGAGGCGGGUGCGCAGAGGCGGGUGCGCAGAAGCGGGUGCGCAGAAGCGGGUGCGCAGAAGCGGGUGCGCAGAAGCGGGUGCGCAGAAGCGGGUGCGCAGAAGCGGGUGCGCAGAAGCGGGUGCGCAGAAGCGGAAACGGCUGCGCCGAAACGGCUGCGCCGAAACGCCUGCGCCGAAACGGCUGCGCAGGAACGGCUGCGCAGGAACGGCUGCGCAGGAACGGCUGCGCAGGAACGGCUGCGCAGGAACGGCUGCGCAGGAACGGCUGCGCAGGAACGGCUGCGCAGGAACGGCUGCGCAGGAACGGCUUCGCAGGAACCGCUGCGCAGGAACGGCUGCGCAGGAACGGCUGCGCAGGAACGGCUGCGCAGGAACGGCUGCGCAGGAACGGCUGCGCAGGAACGGCUGCGCAGGAACGGCUGCGCAGAAACGGCUGCGCAGGAACGGCUGCGCAGGAACGGCUGCGCAGGAACGGCUGCGCAGGAACGGCUGCGCAGGAACGGCUGCGCAGAAACGGCUGCGCAGUAACGGCUGCGCAGUAACGGCUGCGCAGGAACGGCUGCGCAGGAACGGCUGCGCAGGAACGGCUGCGCAGGAACGGCUGCGCAGAAACGGCUGCGCAGAAGCGGCUGCGCAGAAGCGGCUGCGCAGAAGCGGCUGCGCAGAAGCGGCUGCGCAGAAGCGGCUGCGCAGAAGCGGCUGCGCAGAAGCGGCUGCGCAGAAGCGGCUGCGCAGAAGCGGCUGCGCAGAAGCGGCUGCGCAGAAGCGGCUGCGCAGAAGCGGCUGCGCAGAAGCGGCUGCGCAGAAGCGGCUGCGCAGAAGCGGCUGCGAACAGCUGCAAAGGAACAGCUGCGCAGGAACAGCUGCGCAGGAACAGCUGCGCAGGAACAGCUGCGCAGGAACAGCUGCGCAGGAACAGCUGCGCAGGAACAGCUGCGCAGGAACAGCUGCGCAGGAACAGCUGCGCAGGAACAGCUGCGCAGGAACAGCUGCGCAGGAACAGCUGCGCAGAAACAGCUGCGCAGGAACAGCUGCGCAGGAACAGCUGCGCAGAAACAGCUGCGCAGGAACGGCUGCGCAGCAACGGCUGCGCAGGAACGGCUGCGCAGGAACGGCUGCGCAGGAACGGCUGCGCAGGAACGGAGACACAGAAACGGCUGCGCAGAAACGGCUGCGCAGUAACGGCUGCGCAGGAACGGCUGCGCAGGAACGGCUGCGCAGGAACGGCUGCGCAGAAGCGGCUGCGCAGAAGCGGCUGCGCAGAAGCGGCUGCGCAGAAGCGGCUGCGCAGAAGCGGCUGCGCAGAAGCGGCUGCGCAGAAGCGGCUGCGCAGAAGCGGCUGCGCAGAAGCGGCUGCGCAGAAGCGGCUGCGCAGAAGCGGCUGCGCAGAAGCGGCUGCGCAGAAGCGGCUGCGCAGAAGCGGCUGCGCAGGAACGGCUGCGCAGGAACGGCUGCGCAGGAACGGCUGCGCAGGAACGGCUGCGCAGGAACGGCUGCGCAGGAACGGCUGCGCAGGAACGGCUGCGCAGGAACGGCUGCGCAGGAACGGCUGCGCAGGAACGGCUGCGCAUGA